AUGGACCUCUUCACCUUCAACUCGACCUAUCGGGUCUGGAUCUGCCGGGGCUGCCAGACCGGCGUGGCACCGCGGACGAUCCAGGGCCACCUCCGCAGCAAGCGACAUCGCCACCACCCGACCUCGAAGACUGAUCCGCUCCGUGCGGCGGCCCAGGCGGACGCCUGGCAUCUGAACCCGUGGGACCCGACCGUCACCCCGUUUGCGCCGCCACCGCCUGAGUCGCGCCCCGUGCCUGGAAUACCGGUACACCACGGCUACCGCUGCCCGGAGGAGGGCUGCCUCUACACAGCGCGAACGUUGGAGACGAUGCGCAAUCACCAUCGGGUGGACCAUGGCAGUCGCGGCCGCCCAGGCCGGCCGCCCGCGGGGCAGGCGCCAAAGCAAACCGUUCCAGUCCGCUGCCAGCGCUUCUUCCUUACAGGCCCUGGCAGUCACUUCUUCACCGUGACGCCCGAGGCCCAAGAGAAGCGGACGCGCCAGGCGCUCGAGAUGUCCGAGGCGGAUUUCGUGCUCGCGCAGGUGAACGACGCGCUGCUCCGGUCCGAGGGCCUGGCCGCGGCCGAAGAUGAGACCGCACCGCUCGACCGAGAUCUCACAGAAGCCUCCCCGUGGCUCGAGCUGACCCGCUGGCCGGAGUACGUGGGAGGGCACUCGUUCUCCUCGGUGGCCGCCCUGGCUGCGCUGCCCGACCUCACGACGGAGCCCCUGCUCGCCGUCGUGGAAUCCAGCGUGGGGCGUUUGAUCGGGGCCGCCUUCGAAUCCAUCUCCUCGCACCGGGUCAACGAGUUCGACCAGGUCCGCAUCAACAGCUUCCUCCAGCGCCAGGGCGUAUGGCAGCGGCCCAUCCAGAUUCGACUUCGACCCUCGACCUACCGUCGCUAUCAGCAGGCGUGGGUGCGGCUCCUCAGCUUCGUCUACCGGACCAGCCGCCCCGACCAGACCGUCGAGCUCCGUCACGAGUUCACCACGGCCCAGCUGGCCGCAUUGGAUCGGAUGGAGAGGCAUGCGGACCAGGUCCGGAGAUCACCACCGCCUCCUAGCGGUGCAGGGGAGGGCGGGGCUCCCACGGGAGCGCCUCGAGACUCUCCGUCGCAGAAACGGAAGUCGCCAGGUGCGAGUAAAGCCAUAGAGCAACUUGACCGUGCCUGUCUCGACCUAUCGCUGUCGCUACUCGAUCACGAGCUCCGGGGUGAUAUCUUCGAGAGCCCGGUCGUUGGAUUCCUCGCGGCGCUCGGGAUCGACGCGCCAAACCAGGCGUACCGAGACCCCGGUAGCUACACCAGCCACCUCUCCGGUCUCAUUAAGAUGUCACAGAUGCUCCUCGCCCAGAAGGCGGUGCAGAUGGCAGACGAUGGGGAGGUGGCAUAUCCUGGCGAUGCACUGGAGGAGAUGCGUGGUCGAUUCCUGGUAUACGGGGUUCGGGCGCCGUUCGGCUGGAUUGCCCGGUUACGCACCUUCGGGAAGAAGAUCCUCAACACGUCAACGAGCCUCGGGUACCCGAACUGGGACGAUAGCCACGAGACGCUGCAUUACCGGGAGCUGACCCUCACGAUGGAUGGCCUGCGUCGCUUCGUCCGCACCCAGAUGGAGAUCGCGCAGUGGGAUCUCGAGCGGCUCUUCCUCCUCGAUGAGGACGAAGAGCGUGGUGCCGUGAUCCCCGAGCUCCCGCUACAUAAGCUGAGCGAUGACCCGAUCAACAACAAACGUGGUUGGAACUUCCUCCAGGAUCCGCGGAACCGCGCCAUUCUACCAGUCGCCGGCGAGCGCUGGCUGUUAGACCGAGUGUUGACGGACGAGGAGCUUCGGAAGGAGUUCACCGAGGUCCGCCAGGCCGACUCCACGGUCCAGUGGCGCGAGAGGGUCGUCGCCGUGUAUCUCGAGUGGGUCGAUAGUUUUCUCCAGCGGCUACUGCUCCUAAUCCACCUCACCGGAGGGCAACCCGCUCGAGCGACCGAACUCAUCACCCUACGCCACCGUAAUACCCCAGAGGGGCGGCAUCGGAACAUCUUCAUCGAGCACGGCCUCGUCGGCACCGUGACCAGCUACCACAAGUCCCAGGGCGUGACGAACUCGACCAAGAUCAUCCACCGUUACCUACCCCGGGAGUUGAGUGAGCUUGUGGUCUACUACCUGUGGCUCAUCCUCCCGUUCGCGGAGACGGCGGCUAUGCUUGCCAAGGGCGCCAGCGCCCGUGUGCGGUCGCCGUUCCUCUGGGCCAAAGACAAGGGGCACUGGGAUGCGUCCCGCCUUGGGGUGGUCCUGGCGCAGGAGGCGAACACGCACCUAGGGACGAAGCUGAACGUGCUCUCCUGGCGGCACGCCGCGAUCGGGAUCUCCCGGAUGCACCUCGACUGUGGUGGGUUCAAGCGGGACUACGGGGCGGACGAUGCGAUCGUGGACCAACAGGCCGCGCAUGGAACCUGGGUCGCGGGGACCAACUACGCCCGUGGGCUGAAGGAAGCCCCUGGCGUGAUCGAGUCCCGGCGCACGCGGUUCCGGGGGAUCAGUCGGGAGUGGCAUCAGUUCCUCGGGUUCGAAGUGCCGACGGGUAGGAAACGGCGAUUCAGCCGAGGAGGCGAUGUGGGCGAAGGUCCACCGCUGAAACGCGCGCGGGAGUACAUGACGAUCGAGAUGAGUGACGACGAGGGCGCUUAG